CGCUGCACACGUCUGCUGACUGUAGCCCUGCAAGCACAGAAGGAGACCCGUCAGGGGUGGGCUGGCUGCUGAGAAUGCCUCGGGCAGGAGGAUCCUCCGGCAACGAGCAGUGCCCACAGCCACUCUGGACACUGAGGCCUCCGUGUCCCACAGCAACGGGAACACCACGGGGACGUGGCAGUGUUCCUGUGACAUCACAGCAGCAGCUCACGCGGAAACCGCCUGGAAGGUUCUCCUGUGUCACAAAGGAGCACAAAGAACCCUCCCAGGCACAGCCAAUGGCCCAAAGGAUCCAAGAGGAACUCUGAAAAUGCAGCAACCGUGUGGCACCAUUUGGGGUUCACCCUCUAUGGGGAGACAGCAGCCAGGUACUGGAACAGCGACCCACACGUUAAGGAGCAAAACAGGACUGGGGUGGACUGGCUCUGCCGGUACAACUACGAGUAUCUCACCGGACUGGCUCUGCCGGUACAACUACGAGUAUCUCACCGGACUGGCUCUGCCGGUACAACUACGAGUAUCUCACCGGACUGGCUCUGCCGGUACAACUACGAGUAUCUCACUGGACUGGCUCUGCCGGUACAACUACGAGUAUCUCAGCCCGUUCCUCCUGGAGCACCGAGUGCCCCCCAGCGUAUCCAUCUUGCUGGUGCCCUCGAGCUCCCAGCCGGGCUGCUCCCUGAUGGAUUUCUACCCUGCCCACACCCAGCUGAGGUGGCUCCAGGGCCAGCAGGAGCUCUCUGUGGUGGCCACCGACAGUCCCAACAAGGACUGGACCUACCAGCUCCUGGUGCUGCUGGAAACCCCCCCCUGGCACGGGCUCACCUGCACCUGCCAGGUGGAGCACGUCAGCCUGGAGCACCCCCUGAGCCGCCACUGGGAGAUGCCGCCAGACGCCGCCUGCAGCAAGAUGCCCACAGGGAUCGAGGACUCAGAGUUGGGCUUUGUCUUCCUGGCACUGGGGCUCGGCUUCUGCCUGCACAAGAAGGAGAGGCCCGGGACUGCAGACAAGCAACGGGAGAGAUCCCGCCCCGAGCACCGGCACGGGGACAACAGAGCCAGCCCGGGCACACGGAGGGGAUUUAUCACCAACCAAACCACAGCAGCACAAGGAGAAGGGAAAGAACUCCCUCCAACACCUUCCCCCCACCCAACGGGGAUCACCCACAACAGGGGUUGUCCACGAUGGAGAGACGGGGACAGCCGAGCUCAGAUCAGAAGCCGAUUUUAUUGAGGGUACCAGGCGUUUAUACAGGGUUUUACUUGUGUGGUGCUUAUAGGGCUCGAUGUUUGCUAACAAUUUCCAUUGCUUACACAUUCUUCAUGACAUCACGUCACCUGGGAACAUUAUCUUAUCACAAAGUCUCACAACAGGAUGCUUGGUCACUUCUUGCCCAGGGAGACUUAAACUGUGUCUGUGUCUCCCACAGUUUCUGCUCAGUCAGGCCUCAGAUAUCGGGCCCCUUUACCGGCUCCAUUGUUUUACUCUCUGUUUUAUUCCCCAUACGGGGGCACCAGGGCUCUGCCCAACGGGGGUCACUGGGGAUCAUCCAGCCCGGAGCCUCCCAUGGGGGAUGGAGCUGGAGCAGCGCACGAAGCUCUUCCCUCACUCUCCUCCCUCACUCGAAGCUCUUCCCUCACUCGGGGCACUCACAGGGCUUCCCUUAGUGGUGCCUCUGUUGGUGUUUCGUCAAGGUUGAGCUCCUGGAGA